CUUGUUUCUGAUUCCCAGGAGCUAGGCUUUUUGUGAGUGCUUUGUGGGAGAUGUGCCACCCGACUGCCAAACACCUGGUCUUGGGAGCCCUCUGUCUGUCGGUCCUGCUGGUGUGCAGAAGGGAAGUGGCCAUGGAAGACCUGGGGGAAAACACCACUGUCCUGUCUACCCUGAGGUCUUUGAACAGUUUCAUCGCUCAGCGAGUAGAGGGAGGAUCUGGACUGGAUGUGCCCACCUCUGCCCAAGGGUCUCUGCAGAUGCAGUACCAACAGAGCAUGCAGUUGGAGGAACGCGCAGAGCAGAUCCGUUCCAAGUCGCACCUCAUCCAGGUGGAGCGGGAGAAGACACAGAUGGAGCUGAGUCACAAGAGGGCCCGCGUGGAGCUGGAGCGGGCGGCCAGUGCCAGUGCCAGGAGCUACGAGCGCGAGGUGGACCGCAACCAGGAGCUCCUGACGCGCAUUCGGCAGCUUCAGGAGCGGGAGGCCGAGGCGGAGGAAAAGAUGAAGGAGCAGCUGGAGCGCUACAGGCUGUGCCAGCAGAGCCUAGACGCGGCCGGCAAGAAGCUGCGGGAGAAGGAGGACGGCCUGGCCGAAGCCGGCGAGACCAUCACUGCACUGAAGGGGAGGCUCUCGGACCUGCAGUGGAGCCUGAUGAACCAGGAGAUGCAGGUGAAACGCCUGGAGUCCGAGAAGCAGGAGCUGAAGGAGCAGCUGGACCUGCAGCACAGGAAGUGGCAGGAAGCUAACCAGAAGGUUCAGGAGCUGCAGGCCAGCCAGGAAGUGCAGGCGGACCAGGAGCAGAGGAUUAAGGAUUUGGAGCAGAAGCUGUCGCUGCAGGAGCGGGACGCCGCGGUUGUGAAGAACAUGAGGUCUGAGCUGGCGCGGCUGCCCACGGUGGAGAGGGAGCUGCGGCAGCUGCGGGAGGAGAACGCCUGCCUGCGGGAGAUGCAGGACACCAAUGGGCUGCUGCGCGAGGAGCUGGAGGGGCUGCAGCGCAGGCUGGGGCGGCAGGAGAAGCUGCAGGAAAGCCUGGUUGACCUGGAGCUGGAGAAGGAGAGGCUGCUGACGAAGCUGCAGAGCUGGGAGAGGCUGGACCAGACCACGGGCUUGAGCAUCAGGAGAAGAGCGAAGUUGCCCACAGGGGCCUCGCGGCGUCUGGAGAGAAGUAGACGAGUCUCUUCCGUCCCUCCCUCCUCAUUCCUCGGGCCGGAAGAGCUGACUGGUGGCUGGGAUUGUCUCGGAGGAACUUGGACCCCAGAGGACCUGUCCAGGUUCAUCGUGGAGCUGCAGCAGCGUGAGCUCGCCCUCCGGGACAGGGGCAGCUCCGUCACCAGCAGUGCCCGGGGGCUGGAGAAGGCCCGGCUGCAGCUCCAGGAGGAGGUCCGCCAGCUGAGCAGCCAGCUGCUGGAGGAGCGGAAGAAGCGGGAGACACACGAGGCCCUGGCCCGGCGGCUGCAGAAGCGGGUCCUGCUGCUGACGAAGGAGCGGGACGGCAUGCGUGCCAUCCUGGGGUCGUAUGACAGCGAGCUGACCCCGGCCGAGUACUCGCCCCAGCUGACUCGCCGCAUGCGCGAGGCCGAGGACAUGGUGCAGAAGGUGCACGCGCUCAGCUCGGAGAUGGAGGCUCAGCUGUCACAGGCCCUGGAGGAGCUGGGAGGCCAGAAACAGAGAGCUGACAUGCUGGAGAUGGAGCUGAAGAUGCUGACGUCCCAGGCGGGCCCCGCCGAGCAGAGCUUCCUGUUCUCCAGGGAGGAGGCGAGCUCGCUCAGGUUGAAGGUGGAGGAGCUGGAGGGGGAGCGGAGCCGUCUGGAGGACGAGAAGAAGGUGCUGGAGACGCAGCUGGAGCGGCUCACCCUGCAGGGCAGCUACGACCCGAGCAGGACCAAGGUGCUGCACCUGAGCCUGAACCCUGCCGGCUCGGCCAGGCAGCGGCUCCGCGAGGACCGGCAGCGGCUGCAGGAGGAGUGUGAGCGGCUGCGGGAGCUGGUCCGCACCCUGGAGGCCGGCGGCCCCGUCCCCGCCAACCUGGAGGCCGCCACGGGGAUGCCCUCGUCCAGGGAGGUGGCAGGAACGCAGGGCUGAUGCCGCAUUCAAGUGUCAGCUGAUAGAAGCCACCCGAUCAGCAGGGUCAGGUCACUGGAUGGAGUGGAAGCGUUUGACAACACUCAGUACCCGUAAGAACUCCGCCGACUAGGAGAAGGGGAAGUGCCCCAGCCAGAUGCAGGCUGUCCACAAACCCCCAUAUGGCACCACCCUGAUGGUCAGAGAGUCAGCGCUUUUCUCCUGAGGUCGGUGUCCACUCUCACACCCUCAUCAGACGUGCUGCAAGUCCUGGACAGAGCGGUGAGAAGAGGAGAGGCCUGCAGAACUCUUCCUCUUCGCAGAUGGCGUGUUUGUCUAUAUAGAAAAUUCCAAGAAGUUAACAAAACCGAACAAAACUAACGAGUGAAGUGCGUUCAGCUUGGAUUUUUGUGUAUUGGUCUUGCAUCCUGCAGCCCUGCUGAAGUCACUGUAUAUGAUGUGUGUAUAAUAUGUAUGCGGUGUAUGCUCGCAUCCAACACGUGGAAACUGAAAUCUCAGACAUUGUACCAUUCCUGUUCACUCUCCCCAAAAUGAAAUUCCUAGGUAUAAUUCUAACAAAACACAUAAAAGAGCUGCAUACUGAAAACGAUGGGGCAUUGAGCAAGAAGUCAAAGUCUUUGUCUGUAAAUGGAGAGGGUCGCUGCGUUCACGGGCGAGGAGUCAGCGUCAUGAAGCCGUCCUCUCUGCCCAGGCUGGUCCAGACCGCGGUUAAUACGGGAAUGUCUGCUCUGGGCCGGUGAGGGUUCGGAUUCCGGCUCCUUCCUCCGUCCACCUGUGCUUCUGCGUCUCCGGGUCGCUGGUCGGCUGUUCCCUGCCUCCCUCAGGUGGAUCGGUGCCUUCGUGAAAGGCAGGGUGGGCGUACUGUCUUCAUCUUUCCCAGACCUGGAGCUUGUGGCUCUCUAGCGGGAUCACGCAGUCACCAGAAGCUGUCAGCCUCGCACGCGUCCUUUAACUGGUGGACGGGUCACCGGCGGGUGCAGCUGCGCGUCCUGCUGCCCAGCAUGAAGUAGCCUACAGCCAGCGUGCCGGUGUCUGCGACGGGUCUGCGAGAAGCCCCGAGGUUCCCAGGGUGAGGGGCUCUGCGGGUGGGUGGGCUGGGAGGCCAGGGGAGCAAGUCCGAGACGCACCACAGGCGGCGGGGCUGGGCCGGGGCCAGCGGCAGAGAAACGCUCGGGCGACGGGCUGUCCUGAGUCUCGGGGAGGGGGCAGUCACGCACGUCUGCACCUGAGUUGGACCUUGCAGAAUAUACACUGCAGACGCCAACUUUGUUGCAUAUUUUAGAUUUUUUAAUAAAAAUGGCAUCUCAUUUGGUGAGUAAUAAGGAAGAAUAUUUUAUUUCCUCUUUUCCGGAUGGCCUCGUCAUGACCAGAGCUCCUGUACCUGUUUUUAUUCAGUUGGUACAGAAGCUUAACGUCUCAUUUUUCUUUAUGAUUAUUUUGUAUAGAAAGUUUCAACUUAUUUUGGAAUUUCAUCUGUUUAUUCCAUUUGAGCUUAGAAAGUCCUUUAGUGAUUUGAUAAGUGACUCUCUUUUCUUCUGUGAUUUUUUUCGGUGCACGUUUUAUAUUUAGAGAUCUGAUCCGCGAGGAACGUGCUUUUGUGUGUGGAGUACGGUCAAGAUCUGGACUGGUCUUUCCCAGGCUAACUGCACGGCUGCCCUGGUGCCGCUGAUCAGAGAUUCGUCCCUUGCCCUCUAGGUUUAUCACGUGUCCUUAUGUCUUUCCAUGCUUUCUGUUUUUCUAGUUCUUUUUUCUGUGCCGUAUUUUUAGUACUUAUAACUGAAGUUAUAUUUGAGUAUCUGGCACAGAACACAGCAUUUCCCCUUUUUUCCUCUCAUUUAGAUUUUCUUACCUGUUUAUUAUUCUAAGUGAAUGUCAGAAGUGCUUUGUCGAGUUCAAGAAA